UUUACCUUUCAAUCCAUCUCGAAUUUCAGACGAAUUUUUGUUAUUGGAAUGGAACAGGUUUUAAAAAUGGAGAAUUGUGAUAAUCAGACAAAUACUGCAAAUGAAAAUGUUACUGAACCCGCAUCCGAAAAUGGGCCGAAAGUAGAUUCGGAACUGACACCCCAUGACGAAGAGAGCCCAGAUACCACAAUCAUUGCAGAAUGCAGCGCUGAAUGCGAUGUAGAUGACGCUCAAACCUUUGUCGAUCUGAGUGCCGUAAAAGCAGCCAAUGACAUCAUUGAUCAAACUCUUGCCAUGGAAGACGACCUGAUGGCCGGGGUCGGAAUCAAACGAAGCGUAUGAUAGCUUGAUGAAUGUCUGCAGCUCUGCAGCACAAGAAAUAAGAAAGGCAAUAUCCGAAGUCCUGAGCUCAAGAAGUAGUGUCGUUAUCACGGAGGUUGAUCCGACAAGUGAUCUUGAGGAAAGUUUGAGCAAAAAGAUUGCAGAUUUUGAAAAUGUUGUUAAUGGUUGCUUUCCGACUCAAACUUUGUCAAAUUCCUCCAGGUCAGGUGAACAAUCUAAUAGCAAUAUCAAACCAGUGCAAGACAUCAGCAAAGAAAAAAGAAUAAAUGUUCCUGAAAAACAGGUUGAAACUGUUAAUCAUUCAUCUCCUUCAGUUCCUAUUGCAGAUAUUAAUGAAGACAAAAGUAACUGUGAUAAUUCAAAUGUGAUUGUUGAUAAUAGUGAACAAACUGAAGCACUAGAAGGUAAAAGUUCAGCCCAUGUAGAAAAACAAGGUAAAAUUCAAACAGAAACUUCAAUAAAAACUGCUGGAAAAGUGUCAGUUUCGUCAGAAGAAGAUAAAGUUGGUAAAAAACACAACAAAGCAUACUCAAAUAAAAAGAAAGCAGAAAAAACACUUGAUCAGGUAAUAAAGUCAUUGUCAUCCUGUUCAACAUCUGAAGAGAAAUUCCAAGCUCUGUGUAAAAAAUAUGUGGAAGUUGUUGAAGAAUCUCGUGUAAUGGAACCACGAUUGAAACAGUUAGAGAGGCAAGUAAUGACUCAGCAACGAGAAAAGGAACAGUUGCAAGCAGAACAUAACAGACUUAUUCUUGCAAAAUCUCGUUUGGAAAGCUUGUGUAGAGAGUUGCAGAAGCAAGGCAAAAUAACUGUGGAAGAAAGUUUGCUUCGCAUCAAAGAAGAGGAAGAAAAGAGGAAAGAAGUGGCUAAUAGGUUCCAAUCACAUCUGAAUGAUAUCUGCGUUUUGAUGCAAGAAAAUUCUAAGAAAAAUGUUCAGCUACGAGAAGAAAAUACUGAACUAGCCAAAAAGUUGAAAGCUUUGGUGGACCACUAUGAAAUGUGGGAAAAGCACAUGGAGAAAGUUGUGCAGCAGAAAGAUUUAGAGACUCAGUUAGCGAAGGCAAAGCAUGCAAAAAUCAACUUGCUUUUAAAGCAAGAAACUGAAAAGUUCCUUCGUGAAAAGCAGUCUCUCUUGGAAAAUAUGAGUGAUCUUCAGAAGAAAUGUACAGUUCUCACAUCAAAUGAAUUAACACUACGCACUGAGCUAGCAGAUUAUACUGCCAAGUAUGAAGAAUUUCAAACUAUUCUCAAUAAAAGCAGUCAAGUUUUUGCUUCUUUCAAAAAUGAUAUGGAAUCUACAUCCAAAAAAAUCAAAAAGCUUGAAAAGGAAACUAAUGUCUACAAACAGAAAUGGGAGAACAGUAACAAUGCUCUCUUGAAUAUGAUUAGCGAUAAAGAAAAACAUGAUAAAGAAUUAACGAAUGCUCAGCAGAGGAUAUUGACAUUAGAGAAAUUGUGCAGGGCUCUUCAAGCUGAAAGAAAUGAACUUCAAAGCCAGUUAAAUGCUGCUUCCACAGGUUCCUUACAUACUGCUGAGAAAGAAAUGGCUGCACAAUCUCCAGAAACAGCAGUUGCGUAAUUUUGAAGAAAUUUGUAGAUGAAAUGGAUAAUGCUGCCUGGUUUCAUAUUGUAUAAAAUGUAUUCCAAUUUUAGCAGUUUUUUCUUUCCUGUUAUUUUUUUUUCUACUUCACAUUUUAAAUUAAUGCAUAUUGUCAGUAUUUAUUUAUUAUUAUUUUUUUUAAGCAUUUUCUUUUAGUUUUGUGUUUUAUAUUUAUUGCUGUGCAGAAUUAUUUCCAUGAAGGCUUUUUUUUAAAUUGAAUUAGAUACCACUCCAUCCACUCAUUACUGAUUGAUUUUGCUCUUAAUGUUUGAAACAAAAUAAUUCUUUCAAAAAAAAAAUCUAAUUGCACUAGAAGCUUUUUCUUAUACAUACUGAUUUUUAUUUAUUUAUUAUGUAAUAAAAAACUUAUCUUUUAAUGCUGAUGUAUUGUCAAAUUUAGUAUGAUAUCAUUAUUGAAUGUACCUAACACAAAGUGUUAGCCAAUAAAAUAUUACGAUAUCUUUUAUUUGCAAACUGUUUUCCUUAAGAAAAAUGACUGUCACUUGAAGUAUCUUGGAGUAUUUCUAAGGAACUUAUUUUCUCAAUAGAAUUGUUAUAUAAUGAAAACAUUUCCUAAUAAUUGUAUGUAAAUUUUGUCUGUCGCCCUUUUAAAUGACAUAUUAUGCUGAAACACAAGUGAAAAAUUUGAAAAUAAAGGGUGUACAGUGCCUAUUAAGAAGUUUUAAAUAAAAAGACAUGUUGUACUGGCAUACUUAAAUAUUUUAAGGCCAUAUAUUUUUUGUGUUUUUGAUUUCUAGCAAUUUAAACUUGUAACUUUUUUUUUUUGCUUUGAAAAGGGUUGCUCUGUAUAACCCCGAAACAUGUCUGAUAUUUUUAUGUUGCAUCAUUUUUAAGUUUUGAACAAAACAAUAUGUUUUAGCAGAAAAAAAAAUCAAAAUUUUGCCAGGAAAAAGAACUAUUAGACACUGAAAAUUAAAAUAAAAUAAUUAUUAUUUAUUUUAGAUUAUUUUUAUCAGUUGGCAUUAAUCAUUUCCUUGUAGCAAUCGCUUAAGAGACUAUAUGGGCUGUUAGCAUGUAUUGAUCUUUCUAUACAGUAGUUAAUGUAGCCAUUUCAGCUGUUUUAUUUUAUGAAACAGCAAAACUAUUCCAGUAUGGCUGUGAAAAAAGAAAGCAUCAGCUAUUUGAGUACUCUACUUAUAUGCGGACCUAGAUAAAAUUUAAAACUAUCGGCAAACUCAAGUGUGUUUUUUUUUUUUUUAAUUUUGCUAAAUUCAAGUUGGAAACAAAUAGAGUACCACAAUGAAACCAGCUUUUUUUUUUUUUUAAUUAUAUUUACUCUUUUUUUCAAUAUUAUUAAUUCAGAGAACCUCAAAAUCGGAGAUCAACAUUUGUGACUUGCCAAAGAAAAUCUUUUUCCCGCUUCUUGUGGGGCUGUGUAAAAGGCCAUUUGGCCAUAACUAGACCUAGUGCGCUCCCAGACAAGGCAUCAGUCUUUCAUGUGCCACCAUUAAGGCACUGAUGACACAAGUAGUUUUUGAUGCCCAGUUUCCACCAGAUGGAGGCACCUGGGAUCUCUUUGAUGCGAAAUUGCACCAGGAAUUUAAUUUUGGCAGGGGAAUUCUAAGCCCAACGAAUACCCAAGGGAUCUUUUAAAUGCCAUAUUAUCGUAAAAAAGUUAUGAUACAGAAAUUUGUUUACGAAAAUAUCAAAAUUGUCCACAAAUAGUUAUCUGGGUCUGUUUAUGCAGAUAGCGUGUUGCAGAAAGAAAAAUAUUACUGUUUCAUUAAAUGAAACUGAAUUAAAUAUUUUAAAACUCCCAGUUUUAUGAAUAUUCAAUUUAGGUUUGAAUGAUAGGAAAUUACAACUUUAUUCUUAAAGGGCACUUAAUUAACAUUGAAAAAAUGUGUUAUAUUCAAAUAUAUUAAAUAAUAUUGUAAUUUUUUAAAUAAUUGCAAAAAAAAAUAUUCCUUUAUAAACUUGAAUGUGUCAUUUUUAACUGCAACUGAGAGUAGAAUAAACUAUUUUUUGCAUAAAAUCAAAAGAGGUAGUGAGAAGCGAAGGGAUACAUGUGGCAAAAUUAAAAAUUUGGAGAUUACCAGUACAAAUGGUAGGUGAACCUCUCCUCUGUCUUGGGGCAAGAGAUUGUACUAGUAGCCCAGGUUGGUGCUGCUGUACAGCAUGAUUUAGGGAAAAUUUUCAAUGAAAGCCUACCUAGGAUCUGAUCUUUAAACGCAUUUUACUCGAAACUUAAAAUAGUCCACAUGCAUCCCCAUGCUUCUCAUUGCCUCAUAUGUAAAAUGAAAACCAGUUUUUUUUUUUUUUUUUUUUUUUUUUUUUUUUUGCAGCUAUUAUAUGUAUUUGCUACUAAAUGCUCAUUAAUUUAGUAAUGUUCCCAAGCGCAUAAUCAACUGUGGCAUGUUUAUGUUUAAUCUAUGCUAUAUGAAUCAAAAUUUAACGCCUCAGGCUUUUCUAAUCCAAAAAGUCAUUGAAAAAUACCAAAAUGAUGUAACUUAUUUCAAAAAAUUAAGGAAAUUUCAAAUCUUUCUCUUAAAGCUUUUUUUUUUUUUUUUUUUCAUACCACAACCUGAAGAAUAGAGCAAUUUUGAUAGCUCUGUAUGACCUAGAAUUAAUAAGGCAUUUUUUUAAAUCUUAGGUAAUGUUUUGGUUCUAUAACAUACGAUGAUCUAAACACUCCGUGCUUACUGGCACAAAUGCAAACAUGUUGUAGUUUUGCAUAUUUAUUUAGAACUAAAACUACCGGUGAACUAGUGUGCAUUGGAGAUGAACAUGAGACUUUUCUGCUGAAAAAUUACUCUAGUUAUGUAUUAAAUCAUAUAUUCAAAUUCCUCAAUUAAGGGAGAAUAAAAUAGUUUUUGCUAGUAUACUUUUAUUUCUGCAGGAUCUAAGCCAUUUUUAUUUAAUUUUGGCCUAUGUUUCUUUCUGUAUGAUUACAUGUAUUAUCUUGUCUAAGUAUCAUGUAAGUUAUUUCGUGUGCAGUAAAUUAUUGUCAUUUUGCAUUUAAUGUGUUUUGUGUUUUCAUGGCAGCAGUUAAGAGCAAUGACUUCAUUGGUUACUUCGAGGAAGUGAAGUAUUUCUUUAUUGUAAUGAAAUUGGAUUGUUUCCAUUCCUGUAACAUAAGCAAUCAUCAUAAAUAAAACACUUAUGUUCAGA